GCCCCCAAUAUGGGCGCUGCGGCGGGGAUGAGAGGAAUGUAGUAGUCGGCAAAAGAUUUUUUUAAACACAUCCAAUACAUUACACAGCUUUUAUAGGUAGGACUUGAUCCUUAAGACUGUAAUUGUACUCCUCUCUCAUCCAUAGCGGAAAUCACCCAUAUUAUUCAAAAGUUCUGUCGGGUCGAGUGUCUUAUUUUGGUUCCUACUUGACAAACAGUGUGUCGGAUCGUAUGAAGCUUUUAUUUCCGUAAAGACUCGAAUAAUGUCAACGACAUCGCUGGAUAAAGAGCUGCAGGAGAGACUGAGAGAGGCCAGUGCCAUCGGAGAUUUAGAAGAGGUGAAGUCUUUAGUGGAGAGCGGAGUGAACGUCAACUCUCAAAAUGAGAUCAACGGAUGGACGUGUUUGCAUUGGGCCUGUAAAAGAAACCACAAACAGGUAGUGGCGUAUCUUCUGAACGCUGGAGCUGACAAGGACAUUCUAACUUCGAAAGCGGAAAUAGCCGUUCAGCUCACUUCCAAACCUGAAAUCAGACGACUCCUUGGAGUGGAAGAAGAAGAUGUUCCCGAGAUAAAGGAACCCGAGCUGCCAAUCAUCCCCAACUAUCUUUCCAACCCGCCCUUUCUGUUCAGCAAGCUGGAUAAAGAUAAUCUGAGUAUAUCGCAGCAUGUGUCACAGAACGGCACCAACAAUCAUCCAGAACCCUUAGAGUCUGAACCAGCAACCCUCUCCCCCACACAAGAGCAACAACUUCCUCCCCAACAGCCUAAGAGUCUUUACACAGACAGCCAGAGCCAGCAAGAGUUAUCCUACAUCCCCGUCGUGGAGCAGAACGGCGUUGUGCCGAGCCCUGUGGUGAACGGUGGUCUGCCCAUGGAGCUCUCCCCAGAGACUCAUCACACCAACCACUGCGAGUUUUCUCACCCUCAUUCCAGAGGACAGAACGGGCCGGUGUGCCCCACACUUCCCUCCCCCAGCGCGAGCACCAGCCAGUCCCAGGUUCCCAACGGCACCGUCACCCGCCAGCAAUCCAUCCCCCAACAGAUCAACUGCUCCCAGCUCGCCGGCUCCGUGCCUGCCUUCCAACCUUUCUUCUUCACCAGCACCUUUCCUGUUAACGUUCAAGAGCUUGUCGUGAAGGUGCGAAUCCAGAACAGCAACGUUAGAGAGAACGACUUCAUCGAAGUGGAACUUGACAGACAGGAGUUGACGUACAGGGCGCUGCUCCGCGUGUGCUGUCGCGAGCUGGACAUCAGCGCCGAGCACGUGGAGAAGAUCCGCAAGCUGCCCAACACUAUCCUCAGAAAGGAUAAGGAUGUGGCGAGGCUUCAGGACUUCCAGGAACUGGAGGUGGUCCUGGAGAAAACUGAAGGCUUGACGCUCUUCUCUGGAAGUCAGGGCGGUCUGACCGAUCGGCCCUGCUACAACAUGAAGGCAUCCCGGCUCACUUACUAGCUUCAUAUUAGCACCCCUGUAGGGCAAACUGACUCGCUGUUUUUUUGGGGACCUGCUCCUUUCCAUCCUAAACUAUUUACUAAUUUCUGUUCUCAAAAUGUAUUCCUAUCCUCCUCCGGUUUGGGUCGAUAACCUGUUACAGAUAUUAGCCUUACCCCUUCAUUAUUCAUUAUCAGAUGGAUCUUUAGUGCCUCCUCCAGUGUAUCCAUAGAUAACUCGUUUCAGCUCUUAACAGGUUUUGGCAGGUUUAGCUCUGGGACAGCUUUUUUCAUCGCCCACGCUUCAAUUUGAAUAUUUAAAUGCAUUUUGUUCACAACUGAACAUGGGAAAAUAUUCAAAAACCACCAAAUUUGCAUACUUUCCGAUCCUGGGAUCUGUCUUGCCUUUGUAUCGGGUCACUGUGCGAGAACUGGUGUGCUGCUUCAACAGAGAUCGGUCGAUCGUACGUCCACCGCAGUGGACGUCCACCGUUCCAUCUCAAGAGAGUGAACUGUCAAGUGAAUGCUUAUAUUGAUCCAGGAAAGCCAGUUAUUUCAUUUAAUGUUUUGAAACCAAGAUGUUAUUUUGUUGCCAGACAGCUCUCUGUGCACUUUAACCAAACCUUGCCAUUAUUUGAAAAUUUUCUUUUUAUUGAGCCAUUUCAGUGCUGUUUCUCAAAUGCUGUUCAGUCAAUGUAAGCCAAAUAUUUUCUGUAGGCUGCUCUGUGACUGUUUGGAAUAGACCGACCUCAAGAUUUUGCAAAUGCCCCUUAUUUGCCCACUAAACAUUGUAGCAAGUUCCUUUUUAUUCCCCCAAGGAAGAGCUUGAUUUGAGAUAAAAUAAUACAUCUUCAACCCCAGAGAGCAUCCGUUGAUUCUCAUAUUGGCCUCCCUUGAGUUUGGUUCUGUGAAGAUGUUUAAUUCUCACAUAUUUGAUACGCAUGAUGUGUAUUUGAGCGGAGCCGUUCUUAAAUACUGCAUUCUUUAACAUACUUUAAAAUUGCAGUUUGGUUAAUUCAACCGUGGAAAAUGUUUGAGAUUAGAUUUAGAAGAGAUGCUUAAACACUACAUUGUUGUAUAUUAGCUUUCGACUUUAUACAGGUUGUGUUAACGUGGUAACGUCAAGUCAUGAUUUCUAAAAGAUUUCUCCAAAACAAAUAACGUUGUUUUGUAGUUUUGUUGGCAGGUUUGGCAGUCUAUCCAUAACCAAACAUAAUAUGAUUAACAUUCGUUGCUUCUAUUGUUCAAAGUUAACAUUAGCCAUUUAUGUUAACUUUGCAAGAUACACUGCUAAAUUAUGUCAUUUUUUUAUGUGCAAUUUUUUAGUAUGACAAAUACUAGAAUUUGAGGAUUAAAAGAAGGACAAACUUCAAUUGAAAUGAA